GUCUUUGGGCCUCCCAGAGGCGGGGCCCCUGAAGCCUGUGAUUUGUCAGGGAAAUCUCAGCCACCUGCUCCCCUCAUGCAAAUGACCCAAGCCCCUGGCAGCUGCUCCUUAGGCCUCCAAGUCUAAGCCCUGUCUUCCCUCUCUGAGCUUUUGCUGAGACUUAGGGCCGCCUGCUUUCUCUCUGACUCCUGCUUUCACAGCUGCAAGAGGGCAAGGAGGGGGCUAGACCCCAGCCUGGGAGCAGGGUGCGGGGCUUCCCUUGCCCACCCACAACAGGAGCAGACCUGUCCAUCAUUCUCUGUGGGUCCCCUGUACCUUUCUCCCCCCACAGGAUCAGACCCAGAGGCAGCUGGUUGGGGUUUGUUGACAAGAAGGAUUAUCCAGAUCAGUCCUUUCUAAUCUCAGCUCCUGCCUGCACCCUCCCAUACUCACCAAACCCUCUUCCCCACCACCCUGAGCUAAGGAGCACAGUUUGAGGCCCCCGCAACCCCCCACCGGUCGGGGCUAGGCCAGGCCAGCUCCUCUGGCAGCAGAGCCUGGGCAGGUGACGGGCAGGCGCAAGCAUCGCAGCUGAGGGAGUAAGGAGGCUCCCAGGAACCGGAGCUGGAAACCUGGCCGAGGUCCAGCCAGAGCCCAAGAGCCAGAGCUACCCCUCGACCUGUCAGCCAUGGGGGAGAUGGAGCAACUGCGUCAGGAAGCGGAGCAGCUCAAGAAGCAGAUUGCAGAUGCCAGGAAAGCCUGUGCUGACGUUACUCUGGCAGAGCUGGUGUCUGGCCUAGAGGUAGCGGGACGAGUCCAGAUGCGGACGCGGCGGACGUUAAGGGGGCACCUGGCCAAGAUCUAUGCCAUGCACUGGGCCACUGACUCCAAGCUGCUGGUAAGUGCCUCGCAAGAUGGGAAGCUGAUCGUGUGGGACAGCUACACCACCAACAAGGUGCACGCCAUCCCACUGCGCUCCUCCUGGGUGAUGACCUGUGCCUAUGCCCCAUCAGGGAACUUUGUGGCAUGUGGAGGGCUGGACAACAUGUGUUCCAUCUACAACCUCAAAUCCCGUGAGGGCAAUGUCAAGGUCAGCCGGGAGCUUUCUGCUCACACAGGUUAUCUCUCCUGCUGCCGCUUCCUGGAUGACAACAAUAUUGUGACCAGCUCGGGGGACACCACGUGUGCCUUGUGGGACAUUGAGACUGGGCAGCAGAAGACUGUAUUUGUGGGACACACGGGUGACUGCAUGAGCCUGGCUGUGUCUCCUGACUUCAAUCUCUUCAUUUCGGGGGCCUGUGAUGCCAGCGCCAAGCUCUGGGAUGUGCGAGAGGGGACCUGCCGUCAGACUUUCACUGGCCACGAGUCGGACAUCAACGCCAUCUGUUUCUUCCCCAAUGGAGAGGCCAUCUGUACGGGCUCGGAUGAUGCUUCCUGCCGCUUGUUUGACCUGCGGGCAGACCAGGAGCUGAUCUGCUUCUCCCAUGAGAGCAUCAUCUGCGGCAUCACGUCCGUGGCCUUCUCCCUCAGUGGCCGCCUGCUAUUCGCUGGCUACGACGACUUCAACUGCAAUGUCUGGGACUCCAUGAAGUCCGAGCGUGUGGGCAUCCUCUCUGGCCACGACAACAGGGUCAGCUGCCUGGGAGUCACAGCUGAUGGGAUGGCUGUGGCCACAGGUUCCUGGGACAGCUUCCUCAAAAUCUGGAACUGAGGAGGCUAGAGAAAGGGAAGCGGAAGGCAAUGAAGACACUCAGCGGCCCCUCCCCGACCCCAUCUCAUUCAGGUGUUCUCUUCUAUAUUCCAGGUGCCAUUCCCACUAAGUUUUCUCCUUUGAGGGCAGUGGGGAGCAUGGGGACUCUGCCUUUGGGAGGAAGCAUCAGGGACACAGGGGCAAAGAACUGCCCCAUCUCCUCCCAUGGCCUUCCCUCCCCACGGUCCUCACAGCCUCUCCCUUAAUGAGCAAGGACAACCAGCCCCUCCCCAGCCCUUUGCAGGCCCAGCAGACUUCAGUCUGAGGCCCCAGGCCCUAGGAUUCCUCCCCCGGAGCCACGACCUUUGUCCAGACCUGGGUGGUAUAGGCGUUUGGCCCUGUGACUAUGGCUCUGGCACCACUAGAGUCCUGGUCCUCUUCUUAUUUAUGCUUUCUCCUUUUUCUACCUUUUUUUCUCUCCUAAGACAACUGCAAUAAAGUGUAGCACCCUGGUA